AUCUUACUCACUUAUACAGAAGUCACUGCCACCUUGCUCGGCUCUAGAGUUCCACAUGUAAACCUCGCCUUUAACUACACAGUAGACCUAUCUUCCUAGAACUAUCUCCCUGGAUAGAUAGGUUUAGUUGUAGUUCUUAUUGCAUUGUAACAUAUCAUAUUAUUAUAGGCUAUAUGCAGGUUUGUCGUGCACUGUUAGCCGUUCAUAAAGGAAAUGGCUCCCUCACUCAAAAUGGAAGAAUGAUAGAAUUAUGGGAAAUUGUCCUCUAUCCAAAGCUAGAAGCUACAUGAGAUGUAAUAAAUGAUUAAAUGUUUGCAACUUAUUUUUAAGAGUACAUUUGUAUCCUUAUCUCUUGUAGACUCAGUUAUUGAUUGAGGGAAAGAUCCAUGGAUUCAUGAGAAUGUACUGGGCCAAAAAGAUCCUGGAAUGGACUUCCUCUCCAGAGGAGGCACUCUCUAUUGCAAUUUUCCUCAAUGACCGUUAUUCUUUAGAUGGAUGUGACCCUAACGGAUAUGUUGGUUGCAUGUGGUCCAUUUGUGGAAUACAUGAUAUGGGUUGGGCCGAGAGGCCUGUCUUUGGGAAAAUCCGCUACAUGAACUAUGAUGGAUGCAAACGCAAGUUUGACGUUGCACAAUUUGAAAGGCUGUACAGCAAGAUGGGGCUUUGCAAGGGUGAAGAAGAGGCUCAAGAAGGAGAAGCUCUGUGAUUUCAUGGCAAAAUGCACAUUACUUCAUUUAACAUAAUGUGCCUUACAUCUUUAUUUCUGCAUAUCAUACCAGCAUCUUCUAUGCUUCUGUCAUGCCACAUAUACUGUUAGAUAACAGAAAUGAUAGUUAGAAUUAGGCUGUUCCAGCCAGAAGAAGAGCUAAGGCUAAGAUGAGGUAGUAAUUGUUUUGCUCCGAAGAUUUCAUGUUUCAAGGUCAGAGCUGUAAUGUACAAUUUGUAACUCAGGAACCUUUCUUUUCUUUCGUUUGGUUUUUCUUGUAACCUGUCUUUUUUUAUAUAUAUAAUUAUAUAAAAUAAAAAUCUGUUUUAUAGUGACAUCCCAGAUCUGUACAUGUUGAUAUGUUUAGGUGUAAAUUAAAUCUGGGAGAAAUUUUUUUUGUGGUUUUCAUGCUUCACACACAUGUCAUUCACUAAGCCAAGGAGCAUUCCAGCUGGUUCAAACUCAACACCUGUUUUUUAUAAUAUUUUUCACAAUAACUUUAAAACAACAGUACAACAAUUUCCUAGCCGAUUUUAGGCCAACAUAUUAAUACGUCCAAUGUCCUAUGUUUGUUCUUAUAAUAUAUCUCCGCAGUGUUGUUGUAAAUGUAAAUAUUCAUGUAGUCACUGAGUGCCCAUAUCAGUUCUCAAUACACUGGCCAUGAAAUUCUUACACACCCACCAACAUCUAUGUAUUUGAGUAUCUACCCAGGUAUUUACUAAGCUGAGCUGAGCCGUCUGAGUUUCUUUGUUCAAACGAACCACAGCAUUUGCAUUAAGGCAAGUUCAAAGACCAAAGCAGGAUUUUCCUUGAUUUAAACUACCUAUUUUAUCAAUCUUGUUGACAUUGAAUGAGAUAUUUAU